GGACGAUUGCAUCUCCUUUUUUGAGCAUUUUUAAUAACAGAUGAAUCCAGACCCAUAUAAUAAAAAGGCUUGUUGCUCAGGGCGGCUCUGGCCACCUCUUUUAUUAGCUCUGUUUUUAGCUCACACAUAGCAUUCCUUUGCAAUUUCCUUUUUUUCAUAUUUGCAACUUCUGUCACGUAUAAAAGGGAACAAUGGCAAAAGGAAAACGCAAGCUGAGCUCUACAAGUAGUGACUUAGAUUCCACCUGCUAAUGCAAAAGGAAAAUUGCAGGCUGGCGGGAAGCUCAGCCCUACAGAGGAUUCUGGGAUGUGUAGUCCAGACUUUUGGGGGCACUUCCGCUCUGGGAAAGCGUGGCUUUGUUAUUUGCUCUACUGGGGAAAUAGGAACCCAUAACCCAGUGCUCAGUGGAUUCGGUGGUACUUCAGCUACUUGAGGACGAGAACACGAAGCCUGCUCCCCUCGGGGAUUCUGGGAAAUACGAUUCGGCCGUGGGAGUUGAAGCCGGCACUUCCGCCUAGAGGGGCGGGGCAGCGGCUGCCGUUCCUCCCGGGGAUGCUGGGAAGUGUAGUUCCAGAGCUCCCUGCCGUCCCAGGCACUUCCGCUGCAAGAGGUUGAGAGCGCGGCCUUCAUUCCUCUCGUGGAGCAAGCGCCUGGCUCUCCUUUCUGAUUCCUGCAGGAGAGGAGGCUGUUCCUGGACUAUUUCUGACCUGUUUUUUAAGAAAGAGUGCAUCACUCAACAGGUGGCAUCUGGAGUUAUCCUCUGUGGAUUUUCCAGGAUCUCAGACAAGAUCGUGCAAUCUCCCAGCCUCCUUUCCUUCCCCUGCUCUGGCUUCUGAAAGAAUGCUGCGGAGAGGAGGAAAGAGAGCAUCCUGGCUCCUAGCAGCAGAGCCCCACUGUGACAGGACCUAGCAUUCACCUUUCUCUUCUGUUCCGAGUGGAAGAAGACUUCAGGGACCUCUGUUUCAUGGACAUUAUCAUAUUCUCAGAGUACCCAGCAAGAGGUUUGCAAAGAGGAGUUAUUCAAAUCAGAAUCAUACCCUGAGAGCUACAAGGAGAACUCCAUUUUUCACUGUGCAGGGGCUCUCUCCUGAAGGGUCAAGUGGAAUCUGGAAUCCAGCCCAUGCUUCCCCAUCAUCAAGCCAUGUGAAGCUGCAGACUCCCUGAGUGUCUUAGUCCAUUUGUGCUGCUAUAACAAAAUAUACCAUAGACUGGGUGGCUUAAACAGCAAACCUUUAUAACUCACAGUCCUGGAGAUGGGGAAGUCCAUGAUCAAGUCACUGGCAAAUCCAGUGUCUAAUGAGGCCACUCUUACUGGUUUGCAGAAGCUAUUGUCUUGUAUCUUCCUGCGGGGAAGAGAGAAGGAGCUAGGUUACUUGCUUUUCUUACAAGGACAGCAAUCCCAUUAUGGAGGCUUCACCCUCAUGACCUAAUUACCUCCUAAAGGCCCCACCUCCCAAUAACAUCACAUUAGGGCUUCAACAUAAGAAUUUUGAGGGGACACAGACGUUGGUCCACAGCAGCAAGGGAUGGGCUCCUUGACUGUUUCAUGUAAAGCAGCUGCAUGGGUUUAUGCAUAACUUCUAUUGAUUGUUUAAGCUGCCAGAAACUGUUCCACGUGUUUUAUGUAUACUUAGUCACUUUCACUGAUCUUCCUAUGAGGUAGUUAUUAUUAUUAUAUCCAAUUUAUAGAUUAGACAUUAGAGCACAAAGUACUAGCAAGUUGGAGAUGCCCGUAUUCCAGUACUGGUGGGCUGGUUCUGGAGUCUAGACUGUUCACAACUCUGUUCUCUACUCCCUUAAGCAGCUCCCUUGGCUUCAGAGUCCAAUCUCCAUUUCUCUGCCUUUUACCCCUAACUCUGGAGCCCUCAUUUCUCCUUCCAUGAAACCUUAGAUUCCCAUCUGCUUAUUUUUGUCUUUAGAAGCAACAGAGAGACAAGAUUUGGAAUAGUGGCUCUUGUAUGAAAGCCAGAUUCAGGUACUGUUCCUGCCUCUUGACCUCACCGAGCCUCAGCUUCCUCGCCUGUUAAAUGGAUACAAUUGCCAUCAUCAUAUUUGUUGAGAACUCCCUAAAAUGCCAGCUGAGCAUAGGCACAGAGGUUUGGGUGGUUGGACCAAGGUCACACAACUGAUGCAACAGUAGGUUCUUCACAGACUUGGCACUUCUCCAGAAGGAGGAGGACAAAAUGACGAAGUCUAAGGAGCCAGUGACAUUCAAGGACGUGGCUGUGGUCUUCUCUGAGGAGGAGCUGCGACUGCUGAACCUUGCCCAGAGGAAGUUGUACCGAGAUGUGAUGCUGGAGAACUUCAGGAAUGUGGUCUCAGUGGGGCAUCAGUCCACACCAGAUGGUCUAACCCAGUUAGAGAGAGAAGAAAAGCUGUGGAUGAUGAAGAUGGCAACCCAGAGAGAUAACUCCUCAGGAGGCAAGAAUCUAAAAGAGAUGGAGACUCUUCAAGAAGUAGGAUUAAGGUACCUGUCUCAUGAAGAAUUUUUCUGCUCCCAGAUCUGGCAACAGAUUACAAGAGAGUUAACCAAGUAUCAAGAUUCUGUGGUAAACAUUCAAAGAACAGGCUGUCAGUUGGAAAAACGAGAUGAUUUGCACUAUAAAGACGAGGGAUUCAGUAAUCAAAGUUCCCAUCUUCAAGUUCACCACAGAGUCCACACUGAUGAAAAACCCUACAAAGGAGAACAUUGUGUGAAAAGUUUCAGCUGGAGCCCUCAUCUUCAAAUUAACCGAAGGGCUAAUGCAGGAGAGAAGCCCUACAAAUGUGAAAAAUGUGAUAAUGCCUUCCGUCGGUUUUCAAGUCUUCAAGCCCAUCAGAGAGUUCACAGUAGAGCAAAAUCAUACACAGAUGAUGCAGCUUAUAGGAGUUUUAGUCAGAGGUCACAUCUUCACCAUCAUCAGAGAGUUCCCACUGGAGAGAAUCCAUACAGAUAUGAAGAGUGUGGGAGGAACAUUGGGAAAAGCUCACAUUGUCAAGCUCGUCUGAUAGUUCACACGAGAGAGAAACCCUAUAAAUGUGAGGAGUGCGGGGUAGGCUUCAGUCAGAGAUCGUAUCUUCAGGUUCAUCUGAAAGUUCACGCUGGAAAGAAACCAUAUAAGUGUGAAGAGUGUGGGAAGAGCUUCAGUUGGCGUUCACGACUACAGGCUCAUCAGCGAAUCCACACUGGCGAGAAACCAUACAAAUGCAAUGCUUGUGGCAAGAGCUUUAGUUACAGCUCACACCUUAACAUUCAUUGUAGAAUCCACACAGGAGAGAAACCCUAUAAAUGUGAGGAGUGUGGGAAAGGUUUCAGUGUGGGUUCACACCUUCAGGCCCAUCAGAUAAGCCACACUGGAGAGAAACCAUACAAAUGUGAGGAGUGUGGGAAAGGCUUCUGCCGGGCCUCAAAUCUUUUGGACCAUCAAAGAGGCCAUACUGGAGAGAAACCAUAUCAGUGUGAUGCAUGUGGUAAGGGCUUCAGUCGUAGCUCAGAUUUUAACAUUCAUUUUAGAGUCCAUACUGGGGAAAAACCCUAUAAAUGUGAGGAGUGUGGCAAAGGCUUCAGCCAGGCCUCAAAUCUUCUGGCCCAUCAAAGAGGCCACACUGGAGAGAAACCCUACAAAUGUGGUACAUGUGGGAAGGGCUUCAGUCGGAGCUCAGAUCUUAAUGUACACUGUAGAAUCCACACAGGAGAGAAACCCUAUAAAUGCGAGAAGUGUGGUAAGGCCUUCAGUCAGUUCUCCAGCCUUCAGGUGCAUCAGAGAGUCCACACUGGAGAGAAACCAUAUCAGUGUGCAGAGUGUGGGAAAGGCUUCAGUGUAGGUUCACAGCUUCAAGCCCAUCAGAGGUGCCACACUGGAGAGAAACCUUAUCAAUGUGAGGAGUGUGGGAAGGGCUUCUGUCGGGCCUCAAAUUUUCUGGCACAUCGUGGAGUCCACACAGGAGAAAAACCAUACCGAUGUGAUGUGUGUGGUAAGCGCUUCAGGCAAAGAUCCUACCUUCAGGCCCACCAGAGGGUCCACACAGGAGAGAGACCAUACAAAUGUGAGGAAUGUGGGAAAGUCUUCAGCUGGAGCUCAUACCUUCAAGCCCAUCAAAGAGUUCACACUGGAGAAAAACCAUACAAAUGUGAGGAGUGUGGGAAGGGCUUCAGUUGGAGCUCAAGUCUCAUCAUUCAUCAGCGAGUCCAUGCUGAUGAUGAGGGUGACAAGGACUUUCCUUCAUCAGAGGAUUCACACAGGAAAACUCGAUAAAAUAUGUUUUACUAUCUCAGAUGGGUGCUGAAAUAUUUUAAUUAUCAGAGCUAUCAUAGACAAAACAUUUGUUUUAUAAAGUCAGUAGUUCGGCCGAGUGAUUGGGAGACCACACAGCAGAGAAACCUCACAAGAGUGGAGACAUAUGGACUGCAUUCAGAACACUGACCAUUAGCUGAUACAUGCAGACAAGAGGAUCAGGAAGGAUGAGUCUGAUCUGGAGUAAACCAGAAGUACUAAGAUGGGAAUGCUGAACGCUAUUCCACUAGAAUAUAAGGUCCAAGAGGGUAGGGACUUUGUUGACUGCCAAAUCUACUCUGCCUUUUCAGUGCCUAACACAUUGUAAUUUUUCAGUAAUAUUUGAAAUUACUGUCAUACUUGAAAUUCAGUAAUAUUUGACAUUUAUCUGUAAAAGUUUCUCUAAAAUUGUACUCAGAAGAAGAAUUCUGCAAUGCUUGGAAGAUAUAUAAGUUAGUCAUAUGGCCUGAUUUUCCCAUUUUUGCAGGUCUCGUGGAUGAGUGUUUAUCAAACUGAAGGUUGCGGCUUGUUAGUGGGUCCAGAGAUCAGUUUCUGGCUAGCAACUAGAAAUUUUGUAUGUUAACAGUACUUUAUUGAGGUGUAAUCUGCAUGCAGUAACAUGCACAAGUCUCAAGUUUAUGGCUUCCUGAAUUUUGACAAAUGUAAUAAUCACCAAGAUCCAUGUGUACAAUGUCUAUUAAACCAAAAAGUUUUCUUGUGCCCAUUUCCAGUCAA